UUCAGCAGGAGAUUAUGAUGUCUGUCCUUGGUCAUCGCCCGGGACGCUUUUCUGCGCUGAGAAGUUAGCUGGGAGUGGAGUGGAGGCGGCCAGGGAGCAGGAGAAAGCCUGAGCGACCCCUGCAAAGGGAUACAGUUGCGAUGUUUUUUCUAAUUGAUACAUCUGGCUGAUUGGGGAAGAGGAGGAGGAGGAGCUGCUGGAGCUCUCCUUGCAAGGCACCCCACGCGCACAAAAGAACCCAGCCCACGAAGAACACGCCGAAGGGAAACAGCCCCUCCUCCGGGAGCAGGGUUGGUCUUAGCAGCCGCAGCAUGGCCCAAGCGGCUCAACUCAACCUCCUGGAGCCCAGUUGCCCCAUCCAGGUGGAACACGAUCGGAAAAGGAGGCAAUUCACCGUCAGACUGAAUGGUUGCCACGACAAAGCAGUCCUGUUGUACGAAUAUGUGGGGAAAAGGAUAGUAGACCUACAGCACACGGAAGUCCCUGAUGCUUACAGAGGAAGAGGAAUAGCUAAGCAUCUGGCCAAGGCAGCCUUGGAUUUUGUGGUUGAAGAGGACUUGAAAGCCCACCUCACAUGUUGGUACAUUCAGAAAUACGUCAAGGAGAACCCGCUGCCUCAGUAUCUGGAACGUUUACAGUCUUAAUGCAGGGAGGCUGCAAAAGACGGACUCCUUGGGUGCAAGUUGAGCCCGGUCCUUGACUGUUCAACACAGCCUUUGCUUCUGUGCUCAGCACCCCCAGACCUGCCACAGCACACGUGAAGAGUUCUUAUUUUUGUAAAGAUGGACGUCUGACUCCUCAACAAUUCUUCCACUUGGCCCUUGCAAUAGUUGGCUGACUUGGAAUUUGUUGUUUACAUUGGCCUUCUCUUCUAAGGAAACCAUCAGGUGUCAAACUAAGUCUUCGGAUGGCUUUAUUAGGUUGUGGCAAUAGUGGGGGAGGAAUCCUCCUUCAACAGAGUCCUAUAUGGCAGGGUCCUUUCUCUCUUUUGGUUCUUCCUCCCAAAGGAGUAAGCAUUGGGUGAAACUAUGUGAGACUUGGCACUGGUUUGCUUGUUGACUUGGAGCAGAGUUGGAAAAUCCGGAGUUCUACAAUCUUGAGGGAGCCCGGAUGGUCUUUUGACAUCUGGUGAGCUCCUUAACCACGUUUCACCACGCAGGAAAGUAAAUUAACAAUACGGAAUAAACCAAGGGCAUUGCAUGAGUUAGACUUGUCAGGAAACCAAGUUCCAGGUGCUAAACGCAAUAAACAUGACAUUUCCGAGGCUAGACGGCGGUGUUCACGUGAGAGAUGGGCUGUGGGAGGCGUUUUGUUCAUUUCUCUUUCAUCCCUCAAAGAAGGACAUGACCGAAGUCACAGCAGCUGCCACAGAGAGCUGAAAGCGAGCCAUGAAAUGUUCUGCUCGGUUUGGAAUCGGAAGGCUUAAAAUCUCUACUGCACAUUUGAGAAAGAAAGGGUCUGGUGUGUUGUUCUUUGGUUUGGAGGAGCGGGCUUGAUUUGGGACACACACACCCCACCCCAAGCCCUCCUUCUCAAGUGGAGGACAUGUCCUGCCAUGUGGGAGAAGCAAUAACAAAAUCUGGGAGUGAGGGAUAAGGGAAGGAAGGAAACGGUGAGGCGGCAGCAGGCCGCGUGAGCCAAACGAACCUUGGGCAUUUUAACAAUAGGAAAGUCUUGUAAUGAUCAAGAGCCACUUCUAACUAAGCCAAGGAGAGAGAGAGGCCGGGGGCCAUUGACUUGCUGGCAGAGAAGGAACGACGGAACAGGAUUUGCUUUGCUACCUUUGACAGAAGCAUGCGAACGCUGUCAAAAAGGGGGAGGAAAAAAACGAGGAACUGGCUGGUUCCUACUCAAACUGGGAAGGGGCAAUUUUCCCACUUGAUAUUUCUAAUCCGAACCUCAUUCCUGGGCUAGGGCUGUCAGGGAACAGUUUGGGACUGCAGUGGGCCAGGUAGUUUAUAGCUAAUUAGAAGUAGUCCUUCCAAACUACUUCUAAUUAAGUCUUAUCUAUAAACCACUAGACCCACUGCAGUGUUGAAACUGCUCCCUGACAGGGGCCAUGUUGUUACCUGCCAGGACUCUAUAGUAGAGGCUAUACCAUGUUCUCAAUUAUUUGUGGUCAACCCCCCUCUUUUCCGUAACGCUGCACCCCAACCCACCUCCAAACAGAGCCUGUUUAGCAUGAGUGUGGAGACUUAAGCUUGGCUUAAGAGCUGUUGUAAUUCCUUAGCAAACCAGGCUAGGCCCGAGUUGCCAUGGGGAUGUGUUCCUGCAGUGUCAACACUGUCUCCCGCCCCCGCCCCGCUCACCUCCCGCCCAGCUCACUUUCUCAUAUGCAUGGUUGCAAGUUUCAACAGAAAUAAGUGGGAGUAAGCAAGGUCAAAGUGACUACAUAAGUUUGGGCUGCAUGUUGAUACUUCUUUCAACAGGAACCAAGAUAACCCAGGUGCUUUUCAGUAAUAUCUUUAAAACAGCUGAGAGCCUGUUCUGGUAUUUUUUGAGGGUGAUGCUUUUUAUUCCACCCUCUUGACAGUUCUCUCUCUUGCACACAGUCAGAAAUAUGUGUAUGCACCUCCUGCUUGGAGGAAGCCAAAUUCAUGGGGUGUUCCUGCCUAGGGUGAAUGCACGGGUGCGGGGGAGAUGGUCCUUCAUUUUGAUCUCAUGAAGAAACUUGGUGACAUCUAGGCUUGGCCAACCCUGCCUUAAAACGAGCCCAGUGUUUUGAGAGUGCUGUGGCUUCACUAGAAGGUGCUACAACGUUCAUUUUGGUCUCUGAUCCAACUGAGAUGUUUUUGCUAGUGUUUAUUAUAACGCCGGAUUUACUGCUGUACCCGUCCCUUCUUUCUUUGUGUUGGUUGGUUUUAUGUUGAAGAGUCAUGCCUACUAUUAAGGUUGGCGUCUGCAGUAACUCAUCCCUUGUCACCAAGGGAUCCAUGAGGUCAACAGUUGUGAAAUGGAAAUUGGUUUCCCCCCCUCUCUUUCUAUGUAGUCCAACUCUGUGAUGAGUGUCUCCCUUGCAGCUUGCUGUGUCCCAAACUACUCUUUUUUUACUUGCUGCUGGGAAAACAGAUCACAGAGAAAGAAGGCACAAGUUCCAUUUGAGCAAUAAGCUAAAAUGGGCAAGCCCAGAAAACUGUAAAACUUCCAAAACCAUCAAUAGGAAGAUGUAUUCUUGGCUUUUUCUCCAGUGUUGUUUUUCCACUCAGUGUGGGUUUAUUUUAUUCCCCCUUCCCCUUCUUCUUCUAAUUAAAGUGAUAAAUAACGUGCCUUUCCUACUCAGGACUUCUUAAAAAUGACCUUUCUGUUGUCGUUGAUGUCUAACAUUACCCUCCCUUGUUUGUCAUAUUAUUAAUGAAACCUGACCCUGUUUGCAUGGAAUACAAUAAAAAAAGUGUGGCUAAACCAA